CACCGAGUUGUGAACAGCGAGAGUGUGUAUGCGCAUUCAGUCAAUCUGCGAGGGAACCGAGGUUGCUGACCUCGUGCUUUUUUUUCUUUCUUUUUUUUCUUUUUAAUACACAGUUAUUAAGACUUAUAAGCGCUGGAGCGACGUUGGCUUUCUUUUGAUAUCCAGACCUUAUUGUGAAAUUUUAAAGGAAACCUCCAAAUAUUUUCCGCAUUGGAUUAGGACGUUGACAACUUUUGAAGAUGCCACUGGCGCAGCUGGCAGACCCUUGGCAGAAGAUGACUGUGGAAAACGUGGAAAGUGAGAAUGGACAUCAAAUUGUUGAUGACUCAAUGGGAGAAGAUGAGAUACCUUCAUCUAGUCAGGAUGAAGGGAAUGUUAAAGAAAUUCAGAUCACAAACCAUGUGAAAGAGGGCCAUGAGAAAGGUGAUCCACGUCAGUUUGAGCUGCGCAAAGUGUUGGGACAAGGUUCAUUUGGAAAGGUCUUUCUUGUCAGAAAGAUUAUGGGGUCAGAUGCUGGACAACUGUAUGCAAUGAAAGUUCUUAAGAAAGCUACACUAAAAGUUAGAGAUCGUGUUAGAACAAAAAUGGAACGGGACAUUCUGGUUGAAGUAAAUCACCCCUUUAUUGUAAAAUUACACUAUGCUUUUCAGACAGAAGGAAAGCUCUACCUCAUUCUGGAUUUCCUCAGGGGAGGAGACUUAUUUACUAGAUUAUCUAAAGAGGUCAUGUUUACUGAAGAGGAUGUCAAGUUCUACCUUGCUGAGUUAGCACUGGCUUUAGAUCACCUUCAUAGCCUUGGAAUUAUAUACAGAGACCUUAAACCGGAAAAUAUCUUGCUUGAUGAAGAAGGACAUAUAAAAUUAACAGAUUUUGGGUUAAGUAAAGAGUCCAUCGACCAUGAAAAGAAAGCAUACUCCUUCUGUGGUACUGUAGAGUAUAUGGCACCAGAGGUUGUGAACAGGAGGGGGCAUACCCAAAGUGCUGACUGGUGGUCAUUUGGAGUUCUAAUGUUUGAGAUGCUCACAGGGACAUUACCGUUCCAAGGAAAAGACAGAAAAGAGACAAUGACGAUGAUUUUAAAAGCAAAACUUGGGAUGCCGCAGUUUCUAAGCCCUGAAGCACAAUCGCUGUUACGAAUGCUCUUCAAGCGGAACCCAUCAAAUAGACUAGGUGCUGGUCCAGACGGAGUAGAGGAAAUUAAGAGACAUCCGUUCUUCUCAACUAUUGACUGGAAUAAAUUAUUCAGAAGGGAAAUUUAUCCACCUUUUAAACCAGCCUCAGGACGACCCGAUGAUACCUUUUACUUUGACCCCGAGUUUACAGCAAAAACCCCUAAAGAUUCCCCGGGAGUUCCCCCCAGUGCCAAUGCUCAUAAGUUGUUUCGAGGAUUUAGCUUUGUUGCCAUUAAUUCAGAGGAGGAAAAUCAGCCUAUGCAAAAUUCAAACAUGCAUUCUGUUGUACAACAGCUCCACAGAAAUAGCAUUCAGUUCACUGAUGUGUACGAUGUGAAAGAAGAUAUUGGAGUUGGAUCCUACUCAGUUUGCAAGAGAUGCAUUCAUAUGGGCACAAAUAUGGAAUAUGCUGUAAAGAUUAUUAACAGGAGUAAGCGAGAUCCAUCUGAAGAGAUAGAGAUUCUUCUGCGCUAUGGACAGCACCCAAAUAUUAUUACUUUAAAAGAUGUGUAUGAUGAUGGCAAGUUUGUGUACCUAGUAACAGAAUUAAUGAAAGGUGGGGAGCUACUUGAUAAAAUUCUUCGGCAGAAGUUCUUCUCUGAAAGGGAAGCUAGCGCUGUUCUUCACACCAUUACAAAGACCGUAGAAUAUCUUCACGUGCAAGGAGUUGUGCACAGGGACCUCAAACCAAGCAACAUCCUGUAUGUGGAUGAAUCGGGAAAUCCAGAAUCUAUUCGAAUUUGUGACUUUGGAUUUGCUAAACAACUACGAGCUGAGAAUGGUCUUCUUAUGACACCAUGUUAUACGGCUAAUUUUGUGGCCCCUGAAGUUCUGAAAAAACAAGGAUAUGACGCAGCAUGUGAUAUAUGGAGUCUUGGUGUUCUGUUGUACACUAUGCUUACUGGUUUUACCCCCUUUGCCAAUGGCCCUGAUGAUACUCCAGAAGAAAUUUUAGCACGGAUAGGCAGUGGAAAGUUUUCUCUAACUGGAGGAUAUUGGAAUUCAGUGUCUGCGGAAGCAAAGGACCUGGUGUCCAAGAUGCUUCAUGUUGAUCCUCACCAAAGGCUGACGGCUGCCCUGGUGUUGCGACACCCUUGGAUUGUACACAAGGACCAGCUACCGCAGUACCAGUUAAAUAGGCCAGAUGCUCCACAUUUAGUAAAGGGUGCAAUGGCAGCCACUUACUCUGCACUGAACCGCAAUCCGCUGUCCCCAGUCCUGGAGCCGGUGGGCUGCUCUACACUCGCACAAAGAAGAGGGAUGAAGAAGUUAACGUCUACUGCUCUCUAAUCGGCGUUGGACUGAAUGCCAAGGGUGCAUUUAGAAGAGAAAAAAAGUAACCGCAGACUUUGUUUCAGCUGGUUUAUAACAAGUGCUACUGUUUUUAUAUCUUUUUAUGGCAGAUGAUAAAAAAAAAAAAAGUAUAUGGUCAUAUUUUUAUGACAUUUGGACUUCUAUAUCAAGUAACUUUAAUUCACUUUAUGAUAUAUUUAAUAGUAUUAUGUCCAGCUAUAAAUCAGUGUACUGUUAAGGACUUGGGGAAAAACAAAUUAAUAAUGUAUUAUUUUUGACUGUAAAGAAGAACAAGGAGUUAGGGUUAUGUGACAUUUUAAGCUGAGUAGGAAGUGCAUGAGUAAAUUUCAGUUUGUUGCUGACCAGCCACUUAAUGCAAAUAUAAAAUCCAAAAGAAAAUACAAAAUUCCUAUCUUUUUAAAUAAAAAAGAUGGUAUGCAGUAAAAAUAUAAAGGUAUUCGGGGUGCAUUGUAGACAUGCUGCAAAAAAAAUAACAUUAAUAAAGCAUUUAUUGAUCUAAAGCAUUUUAAUUUGCUAAAAAAAAAAGGUCUGUGUGUACAGUAUAUAUCUAUAUAUAAAUAAAUAUAUGUAAUAUAUUUAAGCCAAACAGAAACAAAGCAUUAGAUGUUGCUCUGUCACUUGAACAAAUGUAAAAGCCAAUCUGACUUGUAUGUUAUCUUCUAAAUUCUUCGUGAUGUUUAAGCGGCGCACACUCGGGGCUUGUGAGGUCCUGAACUUGAGGGUGGUGGUGGUUGUUGUUUUUUUUUUUAUAUUACUCUUCAGGUUUUUGUAAUUUUUAAAAUAUCAAAUCUUCCAAAUUUGGAUGUAAAACUGAUUUAAAGGCCCAAUAGGCUUUACAAAUGCAGUUCUCUAAUAUUUAAUUUCAUCAGUGUACAAGAAAAGAAAAAUCUCCUUUGGACACCAUAUUAAAAUGUCUUACUGAUGAAAAGAAAUUGAUGGCAUUAA